AUGCCGAGAGGUACGAAGAUCCCUAGAACUCGCUGGUCAGAUUCAGAGAAACGUCGGCUUCUCAAUUACCGGGAUACACAUCCUAACUUGCCUUGGGAACAAAUCAAGCUGGACCUGAAAAUUGAACGUGAGAAGGAGGCUCAGAAAAAGGCGAACAAUCAGAAUAAAGUGACCAACACUACUCAGCUCAGUAAAGGGAACAAACGUCUGCUGCACCUCGGAAACAACGAGACACGUCCCAGCAAGCAAACCAAGACUGGUGAUGUCGCAGCAAACAAUGACAAUGACCCAGACUUCGACCCUAGCGAGGCUAGUGACUCUGACGGGGGUGACAUUAACCCUGCAGGUGACAUUGGCCGCUCUCCCACUGCUCGUCAGCUUCGUAAUACGCCUCGUAAGCAGCUGAAUGAUACUGUCGUGGGCUCGGCUUCUGGCCUGAAGCGUCCGUCCAAGAACACAAAGCUUCAAUUCACUGGUCAACCUGGUGCACGCGAUCCAUUCAGCACAACGCUCGCUAGCCCUGACCCUCGCACACUGCAGAACGCGAAAAACUCUACCAAAACUCCUAAACCUGCAUCCACCUCAACUCAGCCAACACUUUCAGAUUCUCGCACUCCUGACAACGCAGCAACCACGAACAAAUCUGACGCAACCUGCGGAAUCGUGUCACCGGUGCAGAGAGCUCGUCCAAGCUUAUCUCCUGCAACCACUCAUCAUUCUGUACAGAAUCAACAGCCUACUACCGACGAACAUUUGCCAUCAAAGCCUGAAGACGAAAUGGCUCCUCGUCCUCCCACUCCCCCUUUUUCCGCCACCACUGCUUUCACCGAACCUGGAAACAACGGAUACCCACUCAUGCAGCAUGGCGCACUCCUGUUUAUGCAGGCCGGUUUCGCCAUGAGAGAUUUGCCGAAAGAGCGUGCCCGUAACGCGCAGUUGGACGAGAGAAAUGAGAAUCUUGUGAUGGAGUUACUGAAGCUGAAGGAGAAGGAAGCCGAAUGGAGACGGGAGAUUGGAGAGCUCCAGCUCCAUAACAGGAACCUCGAAGUCGACCUUAAGAAGCAGAUCGAUCAGGCCAAGAAGCUCGAGGCUGGACUGAAGGAGAUGAACGAGAAGAAGAACCAGGGUGCUCUCGAUCCCGCCAAUGGAGCCACCAAUACCAAAUGCGAGCACUGCAUUGAGCAUAUCACUCGCCUCAACGCUCUGACCGAAGAGAAUAAGAAGAUGAAGCAGAGAUGCAUGGUCUUGGCUGAAGCAUUCGCGGCUGGCAAUGAUCAAGCCUGA